CCACCUUGUGGAACAGUGGGGACUGUGAAGCAACACAAACAUAAGCACAGACACAUGCAUACACACAUAUGAUAACAUACGCACUAUACACACACAUACCCAUGGAUUUAGUGUUGUAGAUAUGUGCUAGUGGAGUAGGGGCCUGAGGGCACACACUUAAUGUGUUGUGAAAUCUGUUAUGAAUGUAUUGUAAUGUUUUUAAAAUUGUAUAACUACCUUAAUUUUGCUGGACCCCAGGAAGAGUAGCUAAUGGGGAUCCACAAUAAAUACAAACACAAGAUACAGUAGUUAAAUGGAAACACACCCUAGCAGGCAAAUGUCAUCUAUUUUCAAUGCAACUUUCUAAAUGUCAACAGCAACAAAAAUGACCAGACAAGUUAAUGGAAACACAGUUAAUGACAAAUGUAUACAUUUUGGAGGAAAUUAUACCACCACCCAAAAGGUCACUUUAGAGAGUGGAAAGGCAAAGGGGCAGAGCCCUAUCUGUGCACGUGCAUGUCUGUAGUAACAACCCGAGGUAAGAGUUGCCCUCAGGGUCAGCUGAUCUAGGACCCAAUUACCCUCUACAAAUCAUAACCUGAGGAGGAAACCAAAAAUGAUCUUAGAUCAGUGUCUAAGGACACGUUUGUCCUAUUCACCAUUGCACUUCUUCACCUGCCAUACACUGAAGAUGCACCUGUCAGACGAGAUAGACAGACUAGAUGGGGAGGGAGGGUGUAGUCUAUUCUCUUGUGAUAACUGUACAUGCUAGUGGUUCUACCUGUUACACCUGCUCUGACAUCAACUUUCCUCCCCCCGCCUCUGCCUCUCCCAUGUGUCAGCUGAGCCUCAGGAGGAAUCGGCAGCAUGGAUCGUCUCUCUGUCUGUCUAUAGACAAACUGCCCCCAUCUACAGAUGAAGAACGAGGAGUGUCAGUGUUAGACUAGCCCUAACCUGUUCUCUCUCUUUCUCCUUCAUUUUCACCUCUGUUACACUGUCUCACUACAUUGGCGCCUUGGGAGACAAGAGAGAGGCUUGUCUCUGCUGUUCUCUCUCUUUUUCUCUCGUUCUCCCUCUCCUGGGACCUAAUGCAGUAGCGCCCCUAUACCAGGCGGAGGAGGAACCCACCAUGGCUCAACAACGGCACAGUAUGGGUGACGAAAGCUACAACUUUGUCUUCAAAGUGGUUCUGAUUGGUGAGUCUGGUGUUGGGAAAAGCAACCUGCUGUCUCGCUUCACGAAGAAUGAGUUUAACCACGACAGCCGCACCACCAUCGGAGUGGAGUUCAGCACCCGCACUGUUCAGCUGGGUACCUUCGCCAUCAAGGCUCAGAUCUGGGACACGGCAGGGCUGGAGAGAUACAGAGCCAACACCUCCGCGUACUACAGAGGGGCGGUGGGGGCUCUGCUGGUGUAUGACAUCACCAAGCACCUAACCUAUGAGAGUGUGGAGCGUUGGUUGAAGGAGCUGUACGACCACACCGACCCCCACAUGGUGGUCAUGCUGGUGGGCAACAAGAGUGAUCUGGAUACCCUGAGGACCGUGCCCACUGAGGAGGCCAAGGACUUCACAGAAAAGAAUGGCCUCUUGUUUAUGGAGACGUCAGCUCUGGAUUCUACCAACGUUGAAGCUGCUUUCCAGGAAGUUCUCACAGCGAUCCACAAGAAGGUGGCCAGUCGAGAGGUGCCCCGCGUGUCCAUCACUGCCUUGACCCUGUCCAGUACUAUUGGAACAGCUAGCGACGCCCAGGAGAAACGCAGUACCUGCUGCAAGAACCUCUGACUGGUUCUGACCAGGUUUGACCUGUUCUAUCGGAUUAUCUUCAGUUCUACACAGAAUCUUCCUACUCUGCCCUCAUUCAGGUUAAAGGGAAUAGUGUAUAGGACUGUCCAAACCAAAGACCAGGCAAGUCAAAUCAAGUCACAUUUAAUUUACAGUGCAUUUCACAACUCUCAACAAGACAGAUUUAAGAGACAUGCCACAUUUAUGUACAGUUGAUCAAUGUUGACACUGAUCAAUAGUGGAAAGUACGACUGCUUGGCUAAAUGUUGCUGACCACAACAUAUUUGGGUGGAUAUUUUCUUCUUCUGUAUGCUCGUUUUUAAACUUUAGCAGUAAAUCUUGAUUUGGUAUAUUCGAAAGGAGGAACUACAUUAUUUUGGUAUAUACAUCAUGUCAGGUUGACCACAUUUAAAAAAAUCUCAAAUGCGGAACAGCGGUAUGAAUUGCGUGAUAUUUGAGUGACAAUGUAGCUCACACACACACACACACACACACACACACACACACACACACACACACACACACACACACACACACACACACACACACACACAAAUCCCCCUCCCGCUGCACUAAAAGAGCUAAUUGAAUAGCACGUAGCAUAGUCUUUUGCCUCGCGCAAAAUUUGGUGAUGCAGAAACGAGAGACCACUUUUGUGGCUGUUUUAUGAAAAUCUGCAAAUACUUGUUGGUCUCAGGGAAUGUAAAACAGUUAGGAUGGGAGACUUAAAACCUCUCUGGGAUAGGGGGCAGCAUUUUCACUUUUGGAUAAAUAGCGUGCCCAAUGCAUAUUAUUAGUAUGAGUAUACUAAUGUAGCAGGAAAAGGUCACUGUCUAUUCAAUGAGUUUUCAUUGGGAAACAAGAUUUCUAAGGCACUUGUUUGCAGUUCCUACCGCUUCCACUGGAUGUCACCAGUCUUUGAAAAUUGGUUGAGGUUAUUCCUUUGUGUAAUGAAGAAGUACGGCCAUCUUGAAUUUGUGUCAUUUGAAGUGUACUUUUUGAGAAGGCGCAUGACUGGAAAAGUAGCAUGAGUUUGUUGUCUUCCUGUAUUGAACACAGAUUGUCCCGUCUACAAUUUGAUCGAUUAUCAACGUUUAAAAAUACCUGAAGUUGUAUUACAAAAGUAGUUUGAAAUGUUUUGGCAAAGUUUACAGGUAACUUUUGAGAUAUUUUGUAGUGACGUUACACAAAUUGGAAGCUGUUUUUUUCUGAAUCAAAUGCGCCAAAUAAAUUGACAUUUUGGAUAUGUACUGACGGAAUUAUUUGAACAAAAGGACCAUUUGUGAUGUUUAUGGGACAUAUUGGAGUGCCAACAAAAGAAGCUUGUCAAAGGUAAGGCAUGAUUUAUAUUUUAUUUCUGCAUUUUGUUUGGUGCCUGCAGGGUUGAAAUAUGCUCCUCUCUCUUUGUUUACUGUUGUGCUAUCAUCAGAUAAUAGCUUCUUAUGCUUUCGCCGAAAAGCCUUUUUGAAAUCUGACAUGUUGGCUGGAUUCACAACGAGUGUAGCUUUAAUUUGGUAUCUUACAUGUGUGAUUUAAUGAAAGUUUGAAUUUUAUAGUAGUUUUUUUUUUAUUUGGCGCUCUGCAUUUUCCCUGGCAAUUGGCCAGGUGGGACAUUUGCGUCCCGCCUAUCCCAAAGAGGUUAAAACGGGAUUGAGUGAAGUAGCAGCAAAUAUCUUGAAUGAGCGACUAAUGAGCAUCACACGUUUGAAGAAAUUAGCUCAGCCUAUUUUGUGCUAAAUCUCAUUGUGCGCUGAGCAGAAUAUCAGAUCUCAACAAUGAUUGGAGAAGUGUUUAACAUCACCAGUCGGUUUAGGCUACCAGCAAAAGAGACAGGUUGGAAUCAAUUGGCAUCAAAUGAAUAGGACGUCUGAGUGAAAUACGGGACAAAUCUACCUUUCGUAAAUUAGUGGGGUUUUCAUUUGUUGAUAAAAUGUGGGACAUGAUUGUUUGCGGGAAGUGGGACAAAAGGCCAAAAUUUGGGACUGUUCCGCCCAAUCUGGGACAUGUGUCAACAAUUAUGCCCAUGUGUGGUUUGUCACCAAAAUGAAAAAACGGUAUGAGGUUUUGCGUUGACAAAAUGGGAACACUUGUAAAGGUUAAAUUAAUGACAAGUAUGUUUGGCUCGGAGACUUGGUGAAGACCAAGUAGAAAGAUUCAUGAAUUUUAAAUUUUGAAGUUUGAUAUUGCAGUAACUAUGCAUUGUAUGUAACAUUUUGUAAUAGACAUGUAUUUUACAA